CCUUUUGAAGCAGGUUAUGACACUUAAUUCCAUAUAAUCGCUAUUAUAAUUCGAAGUGAGGGUCUUUUGAGUUUUGCUAGUGUCCCGAAAAUCUCGCUAAAUGCUCCAAUUCAGCGGAUCUCGUUUGUAUAAAGCAGGAAUAUCUUUGGCGAAGGUCAGUGUUAGUCUAGCCAGUGUGCAGGGUGGACGUGUCGCUUCGCUGCCGGUCUUUUUCACUCGUGCAACCUCGCUUCUCUGCAACAUGAGCGAAACUAAGAAAAUCUGCAUCGUUGGCUCGGGAAACUGGGGCUCCGCCAUCGCCAAGAUCAUCGGCUCGAACGUCACCAAAUUCGACCAAUUCGACAACGAAGUCCGCAUGUUCGUCUACGAGGAGAUGAUCGACGGCAAGAAACUCACGGAGAUCAUCAACACCACGCACGAGAACGUCAAGUACCUGCCCGGAAAGAAGCUGCCCGAGAAUGUGAUAGCCGUGCCAGAUGUCCUGGAAGCAGCCAAGGACGCAGAUGUCCUCGUCUUCGUCAUACCACACCAGUUCAUCAAGAACAUCUGUAAGCCGCUGGUGGGUCAACUCAAGCCCACCGCCGUCGGCAUCUCGCUUAUUAAGGGUUUUGACAUAGCUGAAGGUGGUGGCAUUGCCCUCAUCUCUAGAAUCAUCUGUGAUUUCGUAAAUGUCCCCAUGUCAGUCCUCAUGGGAGCCAACCUUGCAGGAGAAGUUGCAGAUGAAAAGUUUUGUGAAACAACCAUAGGUUGUCGCGACCCCACAGUAGGCCGGAUGUACAGGGACCUCAUCCAGACAGAUUACUUCAGAGUUGUUGUUGUUGAUGAUGUUGAAGCUGUUGAAGUAUGUGGUGCUCUGAAGAAUAUCGUUGCCACUGGUGCUGGAUUUAUUGACGGUCUUGGCUUUGGUGACAACACAAAGGCUGCUGUGAUUAGAUUAGGCCUUAUGGAAAUGAUCAAAUUUUGUGAAGUAUUUUAUCCGGGUUCCAAACUAGGCACGUUCUUUGAAAGUUGUGGGGUUGCUGAUCUUAUCACAACUUGCUAUGGUGGCAGGAACAGGAGAGUAGCAGAGGCUUUUGUGAAGACUGGAAAGACUAUUGAAGAACUGGAAAAGGAGAUGCUGAAUGGCCAGAAGCUACAGGGACCACAAACUGCUGAAGAAGUUAAUUACAUGUUGAAGAACAAGGGGAUGGAAGAUCGGUUUCCACUUUUCACCUCCAUACAUCGCAUUUGCAAGGGCGAGAUCCCCCCAGCAGAAAUGGUAAACUGCAUCAGGAACCAUCCAGAACACAUUUGUGGUGGAGAACCCAGAACCCUCAUCAUAGGUAUCACUGAGAUCCUUCAGAUAUGUUGAUUUUUGGAAAUGGAAAGAAAAAAAGAAAAGUGAAAUGGAUAUAUUAAGGUGUACAUUCGACAAGGAACACACCACUGUCACAGGCAACCACGACUGAUGAAGACAAGACUGAGCAUAGGCAGUGUCAUCCAUCCCAGUUCUGCUAUAUUACAUCACCAGUCUUCCUGAAAACUUGAAGCACAUUCUUGAAGU